UAGCCCAAAAUAAUUAGAGAAUUACGUUCUGAAGUUCCAAAAUUGAUAUUUGUUAUUUCAUCUUCAAUUAUUCUAUUUCUAACCUUUUUAAUUUCAAUUUUUAUACUUUUAAAAUUAGAAAAAUACGAUUGUAAUCGUUGGGAGAUUUGCAUGUCGCUAUUGUGGCGAGAUUCUCGGCUUCCUUUUCUCCAUUCAAACUCUGAUUUCCUUUUCAUUCAAACUUCCCAUUUCAGUAGUUUUCAGAAUUUGAAUUCAUUUCAACUAGGUCAGCCUCUAAAAAAUCCCCCCUCCCAAACAAAAUUGAAUAAAUCGACAUCUAAUCCGAAUUCUAGUAAAAGAAAAAUCGAUUUUGCUGCAAUUCCAGCGACAAUGAAGAAUCGCAGAAAACUUGUUCGUGAAGAUGACGACAACGACUUCGAAGAGUUCGAGAUCCCUGAUAAUUGUAGGGAUAGGGCUGUUGCGGAACCCAUUAGUUCUAUAAAGCAGUUGGUGCAUCAUUUGCUGUUGUUCGGGUCUGAUAUUCCAACUCAGAAGGAUAGGGAUUGUGGUGCAUUUGUUUUGGCGUUUGCUUAGCAUUUGAUCAUGAACCGACCAAUUUCGGCUGAUUAUACCAUAGAGAAUCAUCGUGAGCAUCUUGAAUUUCUGUUGUAUCGAUAAAGACAAAUGAAGAUUGAUAGAAAUAUUGACACUGACGAGGAGAUUGAACCAAAACAAAAAAAUGCAAGAAAAAAGACGGGAGAAGAUUAUUCCACAUAUUGCAAUAUAUUUUGAUUUUGUUAGCUAUAUGUCUUUUAGCAUAAUGAGAACUUCGAUUAGUUAAAUUUUGUGUUAACUAUUUCACAAUGUUUUUUGUACACAGUUGGUUACUAUUUGGUAUAAUAAAGUGUUGAUGAAUUUUGUUUUUUUCUA